CACGCAGCAGCAUGGAGGACUCUGAGCCCGCGGAGGACGGCUUGCUCGCGGGCUUGCGGUGGAACCGGAGCGCGCGGGACCAGGCUCAGCUGCGGCACCGGAUCCGGGAUCUCCCGGGGUUGCUGAAGCACGGGCUGCACCUGCGGAAGAAGAGCCAGUCACCUGACACUAUCCCUGGACCGAGUACCGGACCUGCAUUACACAAGUCUUGCUCCCAGAGUUUUCCAUGUGGUGGUCGGGCCGUGAGGAAUGCCUUCCUCUCUCAUGGACCAUACCCAGCUAAAGACAAGAUACACCUGGCCAGAAUCAUAAGGCGUAGCUACGUGGGCGUUGAACUGGUGCAGUGGUUGUGCGAGCAGUGUGUGUACGUGCGCUGUCGGACUACUGCUGUGCGUGUCUGGCAGGUGCUGCUGGAGCUUGGAGUCCUGCUGUCUGUGGAUCAGCGGGUGGUGUUCUCGGACUCAAACUCAUACUACCAGUUCAGCUUCGAGGAGUGUGAUUCCGCCGCUUGUGAGUUUCGCUCCAAUGAGGGGGAGUGGUCAGAGGCUGUCAGGCUCCUCCUGCAACUUGCCCCAUAUGUCCAGUUUCGCUCUGGAGGUGGGGCCAAUAGCCCGUCAGAGGAAGACUCUGAAGGCAACAGGGACAUCUGCAGUGAGAUUCUGCAGAUGAAAGCUCUCGAGAGGCUCACAUCUACGGUACAAAAUGAGUUGGCGGCCGCUCUCGCCAGAAAGACUCGCAAAGCUUUAUCAGAGCAGGACUCUGAGACGACAGAGACAAACCAACAGGAGCCUCGCACACCCAGCGAGGAGAGCAGCCCGCUGGGCGGGGUGUGUGCAUUGCGGGACGGCGGCAGUGGCAGUGGCAGCGGUGGUAUGGGGACUGUGUGCGGCCGCGAGGAGCUGACCACUCGGCUCGGGCUGGAGGCCGUUCAGCGUCUGGCCAAGGAUGGCUGUCGGCUGCUGCAGAACCACAACUACCGGCUGCCCGACAGGAACCAGGCCGAAGCACUGGGACGAGUGUGUCUGAAGGAGCGAGGUCGGGACGUGUUGGUGUUGCGAAGAGUGACAUCUACAGUGACGUCUCCAUCGGACCGGCCCUCACCCACACUCUCAGGGGGCGGUUCCAGGGAGGAGGAUUGCGACAAGAGGUAUGUGGUGGUUUCGGGAACACCACUCAAAAUCUUGGAGCAUCUACUAAGUGACCUGCGGUUGGAUGACCAAAGAGGGGUGUCAGAGAGCAGAGAGAGCGAAUUGUUGCUGGAUGACUUCCUGUUGACCUACCUGGUGUUCAUGUCCACCAGUGACCUCUGUCAGGCUCUUCUGGGACACUAUAGCAGCGCCCGCUGCAGGGGUCAGGAGGAGGGCAAGGACGCUCUCUUUAGGAAACGUAAGGUACUGCAGCUGGUGUCCCACUGGAGCAGGCUUUACAAGGACUUCCUCAAGGAUGAGGAGCACGUCAGGAGCUUUAUGAAGACUCUGUACAGGUGUGUUUUAGAAGACCUGUAUGAGUUCCCUACACUGGAGAAAGAUCUGAAGGAGUUCCAGAAGCUCCUGCGUCGGAGACACACUGUGGAUGACUGUCCUCCCAACCAAAAGAGUAAACAAAUGUAUCAGCAGCUGAGUUUGAAGGAAAACAGUUUGCACCUCAGAAGUCCACAGACAGACACCAGAGAGGUCAUUUGUUGCGUGUACGUGAGCGCUGACUCCUACCUGAGUGUCCACAUCCACCCGUCACUGGAGUCCCGUGAGCUGCUGAGGAUCAUUGGUCAGAAGAUGGACAGAGCAGAAGAAGAGAUGGUGCUCGCAGUGGUUUCACACACCGGAGAGCGGAGGGUGUUACAGCCCAGUGACUGUGUGUAUUCAGAGUCUCUGACCCCACAGGGAAAGCUUGUGGCCUGUCGCAGGGAUCUCACUGAGAUCUUGCCUCCUCUAACAGACAGUGGUGAGCUCAGCAGGAGGCCCGUACGACUCUUAGGCAUCAACACCUGGGACGUGGCGGCUGCUCUAGCACACCUGGACUGGAGCCUCUUCAAAUCCAUUCACGAGCAGGAGCUGGUGUACUACACCCUCAGCCGUGCUCCCGGAUCCGGCCACACGACAGCGCUCUCACUCCUCCUCCAGCGCUGCAACGAGGUCCAGCAGUGGGUCAUGUCCGAGGUGCUCAUGUGUGUCUCACUCAAUAAGAGAGUGCAGCUGCUGAAGAAGUUCAUCAAGAUCGCUGCUCAUUGCAAAGCCCAAAGAAAUUUGAACUCUGCAUUUGCCAUCAUCAUGGGUCUCAACACCGCAGCUGUCAGCAGACUCAACCAAACCUGGGAGAAAUGUCCGGGGAAGUUCAAGAAGCUUUUCUCAGAGUUGGAGCUCAUCACGGAUCCGUCUCUGAACCACAAAGCCUACAGGGAAUCCUUCAAGAGGAUGAAACCUCCCAAGAUCCCUUUUAUGCCUCUUCUCCUGAAAGAUAUCACCUUUAUCCACGAGGGAAAUAAGACGUUCCAUGACAACCUGGUCAACUUUGAGAAGCUGCAUAUGAUCGCCGACACCGUGAGGAUGAUUCGCCACUGCCAGAGCGACCAACCAGGCAACGAGGUAAUCGGGGUGAACAGUGCGGAGGUGAGGGCGAGCGUCAACUACCUGCACAUCAUCGACAAUCAGCAGACUCUUUUCGAGCUGUCGCACAAACUGGAGCCACGUGCUUAAACACACAACCUCACUGGACACAGCGGAAUGGAGAUCCUAGCUUCUGUGACACGGAGGACACUUCACAACACAAUGUCGCAUACUCGCACGCACACACACUGCUGCCAAGUGGUGAAACCCACAAAGACACAGAGCUGCACUCGGCUUCAAACACUGGACAUGUGCUUUUGAAGGAUUCACACGCUUUGUGAAAUGUCUCUGAGAAGAGAAUCUGUGCAGCAGCGCAGAGAUUUGCCAAACUGAGAGAGACGGUAAAGGACGCUGUAAUUAGUUUGUAAAUUAUCUAUUGGACUGAAUAUGCCCUUGGUUUAGUUCUUGUGAUGAGCUUUUGGUUAUUUAUGAGCCUGUCCAGCAGGUGGAACGUUUCCUUUAAUUCUGUCAAAGUCUCGUCAGUUUCCUCUGGAGGUCAAAUAGGACGCGAGAGCCUCGUCAUCAUUUCAGUCACAAACGCUCUGUGUUUAUAACCUGACGGUGUCCUAUCAUUUAAUCUGCAUACCACGUAUCUGUCUCGUGAUGCAUGUAUACGCAGGAUACAUUCUGUAGUUAUGCAGGUGUAGGUUUGGUUAUGUUCUGUAGCAUAUUAUUCAGCACCUUUUUUUUUACCAUUUUCUCACUAAAGUUCUGUAUUUUGACUAAAAACUUGCAGCUUCAGUGACAAAAGGUGCAACAUUAAUGGCGUGUCAGUCCUGGCCCGUGAAUGGAGCGUUGUGAGAGGUUUCCACUGACUGACCCGUGAGGUUUGAAACCCCGUAUAGUUGAAUCGUUGGCUGACUUUUAACACUCCUCGUGAUCUCUUCUCUGUGAUGUGUUUUUUUCUGUGAAUAGAUUAUUUUACAUUGUAUAUAAUAUGGACCCAUACAUUUUUCAGUGCCAAAUGUCACGUUGAGUCCUGUAGCACAGAUGUUGAAAUCUUGUUUUGUUUUUCAUUUUUUUUAAUCACAGAUUUGUUUAGUUUUGAGUGAGCUCUGAAAUGACGUCUGGUCCUUGAUCAUGUGAAGCAGCUCUGACUCCUUGUAGAGAUGCUUUCUGACAUUAUGAUGACUGAUUUCAAGUUGUAUAAAAUGUUAUUCCUCACAUCAUGGGUUGCUAUGGAAAUACAGCCCCAGUAGUUAAAGUCAAAGCACUGCAUCACAGUUAAGAAAUAGCUUUAUUCUACAAAAUCAUGUUCAUGAGCAGAUUCUAACCUGUUACUAUUUGUUCUUACUGACUGAAAAGAUCACUUCAUUCAGAAGGGAUCAUGUGUAAACUGUCUGAAAAGUAACACAGGUUGUUGAAAUUGUACAUGAAGCACAAGGGCACAUACUUUCUCCUUUUAUAGUAAGAAUGUCUGGUGGGAGUUUUACCGAUUUGGUUCAUCCACUGAUUUUUCAAAACUUCUAAAAUUCUUAUAAUUAAAUAAAUAUUGGGAAAAUUCUCCUUUCUGAAUCAAGUAAGUUCUCAUAUUCUGGAUGUGUAUUCCUGUUGACACAUCCACUACUCACGAAAAGUUUCUAUUUGUCGUUUGAAUCCCAGAGGAACCAGUGAUUCUUGUAAAUAUAAUUAUAACCCUGCCUCACUGUCGUCAUCAGAACCAAAAUGCAGCAGGAGAUGAGGGGAAUUAUUAAGAUAUGAUAUAUGAUACAUACAAAGCCAGACACUCUCCAGACCCAUGAGCAGACCUCACUUGUGUUUGCAUCAUUUUGCCCUGCGUAUGUUCAUGCCGUCACUUCAGUGGUGCUUUUCUGCUCAGUAGGAGGAACCAUCCGAGGUUGAGAUUCCUAAGUGUCACGUGCGUGGUGAUGCAUGUCUUGCAUUGUUUAGAUAGCUAUGAAGCAUGGGGGUAAAGUGCAAUACAGUAGAAAUGUUUGUUGCCACAAGUGUUCAUCAUCACCAUAAUUUCAAAACGAAGCCUUGUUCAGAACACAGAGCUGCUCUCUCCUGCAGACCAUGAUUAUUCAGCUGGGUAAAUGAAAAUCUGAAUUUGAAAAAAGAUUCUUUGGUUCAGUUGGUCCAGAUUUUUAUAUGGAUUGGCAUCAAAUUGCACACAAUACCCCUAAACAUGUCCAAUUUUUUUAAAUUCAAGAACCAUUAAUUCUUCUCUGUGAAAUCAAUGAAAAUGUUGAAAAACGCCCUUAAUCAAAAUGUUAAAGAAUGUAAAAAAGAUCCUGGAUCUGCCCCCAGACCCAGAACCCAAACUGAAUGGGCUCUACUGUGACUUUUGCUUUUGUCAUGCUAUGUAACCAAGUACAUAUAUUUAAAAUCUAAAAUACUACACACAUUAUCCUCCAGGAAGUGUUGCCUGAUAUUACACAUGUGAGCCUUGAGAUAAUUUCCUUCUAGUUAUUGACGUCCACAAAUGCUACAUUAACAAUUUAUGAAAAUUUUAAUAUUCAAAUGAUAAUAUUCAAUUUGAAAUUAUAUUCAAAUAGAUGAUUGUAAUCUAUUUCUAUUUAUAUACAAACAAGCCAGUAGCCAGUCAGAUUUACCUUUAUCUCAGCGUACGUUCAAAUUCGUCCUGUAUCAUUGAUUACGAGGCCAAAACACUUGAUGCAAACUUGCACAGCUGAAGUGGGACAUCCCUAACAUCCGCUGGUGGCUGCAAACACCUGCUAACAUCGACUGGUAGUUGGUAACUUAUAUUGUGCUGAAGACCUUCAAACGUACAAUGGAUAUUCACCAUCUUGUCCUAUAUUCUAAAAAACGACUGUUCACACCAGACCAAAUGCAGCAGUAGCAGCAAAACUCCAGCGGGUUCUUACUUCGGCAACAAUUUAGUUGUAUUUAGCUUUUUAAUUGUGAGAGACGCUUGUUAUUUCUUUUUAAAGUCAAAUUUCAAAGAUGCUUUUUGUGAAACUAAUUCAGUGAUUUGUGAUUUGGCUGCAAGAGCUGAUGAUUCAGAGCUUUGGUUUCUUCGUAUUCAGCGUCAUAGAGAGGCCCUGUGGUCGUCAUAUUUACUAUUAACCAUCACACACACUGCACAGGCACAACUCUGCUCCACCUCGUCCACGGACCAGAAAAAUUGUGCUGAAUUAGUUAUUUAUUAUGAUAUAUUGUUUAUUUAUGUAUUUUAAAGUUGACAAUAUUUCGGUUUAUGUGCCUGAGGUUUAACACGUGCAAACACAUCAGAUCAAAAAGGUGUGUGUGGGUUUGAAGCUGCACUGCUGGAAUGUAAAAGUAUGUGUUCUGUUUUGUGGCCACUUGAGGGCAACAGAGGAGCAAGUUGGUGUGAUGACGUUCGAUAAACCACAGGAGGUUGUAUUCAGUAUUUUGUCAUUGUCAUAACUGUGUAGAGAUUUUUUAUAACAAUGUUUAAAUUCUGUUUGCAUGUUAAAAGAAAAACACAAAGUUCACAAUGCAAGACAGGACACAUUGAAGGCUUUGUACUAUUGUUAUAAUGUCUGUGUAAAUAUACGCCUACAGUUAUGUUAUUACUUAUCUGUUGUAAAUGGAAACAAAAAGAGUCAACAAUGAAGCAAUACGUCUCCCCCUCGUGACCCCUCAGCCUUCAGAUAGCUGGAGCUACACGUCUUUUCUAAAGCUUCGUUUUACUAUGUGAACGUUUUAUUGAAAAUUAAUAAACUAUAGGUUUUAUGUGA